AUGAACUUCUUAUCUCUACUAAAUAGCUGACAUCUGAUGGGGUCGCUUUCAGUUGCAUCGAAACUGAAAUGAAAGUAGAUCCGAGAGACGGACUAAAAAGCCGAGAGGAUUAUUAUGUCCAUAAGAUUCAUAGACUUAUUAUUUUUUUCUAAUUGAUUCAUUGAUUAGCUAUUUGUUUUUCAACUUUCGCAGACUUUAAUCAAAGGCUUUUUGAACCAACUCGUGAUAUUUGGAACUGAUCAUGACAUGUUUAUGUAAUACAUUUGACAAAUGUAGCUAAAAAAGAUUUUGGGUAGGCUGUAUGUUCAUGACACACCAUAAACAUCCCCUAGUGGGUCGAGAGCUAUUCUGAUAUCGAUGAUUCUGUCCUUAGGACUUCAUUCAUUCAAUCGUUGCAAAAAAGAGGAUGAUAAUUGAAUCAGUGGAUAGAAAUUACUCUUACGCACCACCAAAAUGGCGAAUUGCUAAGGUUUUAGAAACUACAAACCAUGCGUUUGUUAGAUGAUUCCCCUCAAAACAAACUAUGCGAGCCCAUGCGCUGAGCGAUCUCCUGACUUCAGUGGAGAGUGUGAAAAAAAACCUCGUCCAGCAUCUAAAAAUAUUCACGAGGAAAUAUCAGGGCCAGCAAAACAAAUCAUUCGAUGAGGAAACUGAGUGAUAUUCUUCUGAAAACAACUGCAAUUUGAAUCCGUAACCCUCUAUCAGAGCAGACACAGUUGCAGGUUAGGGAAGAGGAGACGAGAACGUGGAAAUAAUCUGACUAACGAGCGAAUUACUGAGUGAGGAUCGAAUUCCAGGUUCAUUUCAGUCACGGCAGUGCUAGCUAACGAGGCUUUCUGGCGUUUUUCGAUUUCUCCAUUACAUGGGCAAAUCAAAUUUAUCCCUAUAAUGUUAAAAAGAAUCGCACUGCAGAAGGCUACCUUCCAUCCAUUAAUGACUUAAAAUUGGAUACCUAUCAGGUUAUGGAAUAAUUCGCUCGUUUCUCUUACAAACUGAACAUAAACUGAAAAAGAAAGAAACAUUCUUAUGGGGCUACGUUAGACUUAAGUAAUGUAUACUUUAGAAAGUCUCGCUAACAUGACCAACGUCAUAAAACAUCCCUAUUUUUUUUAAUCAGAAGGGUUUGGCUCCCAGUCUGCAGAUUUUUAAAACCGUGAUGUUAAUCAAUCAGCAGCUUCUUGUUUUCGCCAUUUGUCUGGCUCUCAGCGUCAUUGGUAAUGACGCAAGAACUCUCACAGGUUUGGAAAUUAAGCAAGCAAAAUUCUGCGAUCCACAUGACGAGACAGCAAAGAUUCAAAUUUACCCAUGGCCUUUCAUACCAUCUGGAAAACGUUGCAACAUCAGCCUGACAUUCAUCCCUGCAGUAGACGUUUUUGCUGCGACGCUGGAGGCUGAGCUGACUUGGGAACCAGAAUCAGACUACCCCUUUGUGCAGAGAUAUAGGUAUUAUGUCUGUCCACGAUUUCCAGAAAUGUGCAGUUUGCCUGCUGGUGAGACUCAUGUCUGGACGCUUUCUGAUGUAAUGACUUCAUUGCCACCAGGUUUCAAGAUGACCACCAGGGUAGUAAUUCAAAUUUACAACGAGGAUCACAUCAUGUUUGCAGGCACUGAAAUAGUGGCUACGACGCACUAGCAAACGAUCAGGAAGAUUCUGCUGUUUGAAUGGCGAAACGUUAAAGGCGAAAGUUUGACAAUUUCAAAGUUUAUUACUGUUAAACAUUACAAUUCUCUUUUCUGCAUGUCUUUUCAAUCCUAAUAAAAC